AUGUUGUCGUCGAGGCAUGUGCCCGUGAGAGUUGCGGUACAUGACCAAGAGAUCUAUGAGUGGGGCAUUCCAGCACACCCAGGCAUCUCAUCCGAACGACCACCAUCCAUCUCCAAAUCGUUCAAAUCCCAGAUUGAACGAGUACACCUGGAAACCACACCCACUUAUAAACACUCCCAAACCAUCAAACCGCCCACCUCAACCACCCCAAAUCCAUUCCCCGAUCAACAAAAACCCCUCCCUCCACAAAGACGAAGAUGGGCAACCUCUGCAGCAGCGAGCGCGAUCCCUUCUCGCAGCCCGGCCGGCCCCUCGGUAGCACGCCGCCCGCACCCACCUCGGCCUCGGUGCCCGCCGCCGCCAAAGCGCCCCGGGAAAGUAGGCGGCCCACCCCGGACACUCGGCGGCAACAGCACACCCGGGUCCGGCUCCACAGCCGCCGACGAUGCCCGGGCGCGCGCCGCCGCCGCCGCAGAGGAACGCCUCCAAAAGAGCAAACAAGGGGGCAAGCUCAAGGCACAGCUCAACCAGCAGCGCGGCAUGACCGAUGCCCAAGCGCUGCGGGAGGCCAGCGAGACGGAGCAGCGGCAGCGGGAGCUGGACCAGAGUGCCAGUGCUUUGAGGCAUUCGUAG